AUGGCCCAAGAGCCUUCUCGCCGCCCCCGAGUGCGCCACCGUCAUGGGCCGCGACACCAGCGAGCAGUUUGGCCGCCUCCGCCCGAUCUGGCGCGGCCUGCGCAUCCGCAUGAGCGUGCACCAUGGCGAGCCCGAGGUCACUCUCGCGCCGGCUCGAAGCAGCCAGUCUACACAGGCGCAUGCAUGACCCGCGCACAUGCCAUCGCCCACCGCUCGCGCGGCGGACACGUCAUCAUCUCCGCCACCCUCCGCUCCGUCCUCCCCUUUGAUCUCCCGGACCACCUCACCGCCCACCCAGUCGGGCGCAUCCUCGACCCCAUCGACAAGAAGCACACCGUCGAGAUGUUUGUGGUCGUCGCCAAGUCCUCGGUCACCGCCCUUCGCUGGGCCACCAUCGCCGCCCGCAUGACGUCGACCUGGAUCUCCGCCACAGACAUCACCGACGAGGGCGCGACAACCGAGGCCGGCACAGACGCGCAACCCGCCACUGCAAUUGGCCAUCACAAGAAGAAGCACGCCUGCGGCGACUUUAACCGCUCGCUCGUCCACUACCACUCGGACGAGGAGAUGAACGAGGUCGACGGCCCCGGGCCUGGCCCAGCCUCUGGCACGCAGCCCGUUGACGGCGCCGCCCGUAUCGUCGGUCGGCCCGCUGCCGGUCCCACCGAUCUCCCGACUCGUGCCAUCUCCGCCUCGCGCAUCCCGCAUGGCUACAACGGAAUCCGCUCGGCCAUCGCCCAGAUCGCCGCGCUUCCUUCAACCUCAUCGGGCGCCUCGUCGGGCGUCAUCUCGUGGGUUGUCACCCCACGAGUCGCCGCCUCGGCCUCAAACUACGACUCAGCCAACUCGUCGCUCACCCGCAAGGGCUCGCUUGACUCGACCACCGCCGGCACGCGCAACUCGUCGGCCGCCUCUCUAGCCCACCGCGCAUCCCCGCGCCGCCCGCCCGCCGCCGAACAGUCUAUCCAUCUUCACGCUUCGGGCUUCACUCCGCGCGGCCGCCCGCGCAUCUUGCGCCUUGUGCCUGCUCCAGAUCCGGAGCCAGCGUCUUCACCUGUGCCUGCACCAGAGCCUGCGCCAGAGCCAGAGCCAGAGCCGGAGUCAGCGUCUUUGCCUGUGUCUGCACCAGAGUCUGUGCCUGUGUCUGCACCAGAGUCUGUACCUGUGUCUGCACCAGAGUCUGCGCCUGAGCUUGAGCCCGAGUCUGUGCCAUCAGCAGCAGCCGCACCCGCCGCACUGUCGCCGCCUUCCCAGCCGUCCCUCACUGUGGCCGGCCAUCCUACCUCAUCUCUCGACUCGCCGCUUACGACUGCUCCUACAAUCGCCGUGGAGAUCGCAGCCGGCUCAAACUCGGCCUCCAUGUCCUCCGUCGACGAUCUCGCUGUAGUUGACCGACCGCCGGUGGUAGGCCCACGUCCCCGUGCCACAUCAACGAGUUGUGGCAACGGCGAUGGCGGUGGCGACGGCGAUAGCAAUGGCCUCGAGUCUGGCAACAACACCACCACCCAGUUCUCCAACAUUGUCCUCUCGUCGCCCGCCUGCGAGCACGCCCCUGAUGACGCGCUCGCCUCGUGUACUUCCUCCCUCACGGUGCCGUACUCCAGUCCCACCACCAUCUACGACACCGAGCCCAGCCUGAGAGUCCAGGACGACAACGCCUUCAUCUUCGAUCUUCAGUCGUCGGUCCCGCACAUACCGCCCGACCUGCUCGGCACCUCGAUGGUCGUCGGCACCGAUCCCAGCGCUGCCCCGCACACGCCCAACCGCGCCGCCGUGCCGCCGCAUCCCCAAGCCGGCUCGGCCUCGACCUCGACCUCGACCUCAACCUCCUCCUCCACCUCCUCCUCCUCAUUGUCAUCGUCGACGUCGUCGUCCUCUUCCUCCUCCUCGGCAUCGUCGUCGCCGUCGUCGCAGGUUGCCAUCUAG